ACAAGGAAGAGAAGAAGGCUGUUAAGAAUCUACCGAAAUCAAAAUAAAUAUCAUUCCUUCAAUCGAAAUCCAUCAUCAACAGUUAUUUAAGUUUCAAUAUUUGAAUACCUCAAUAAAUCAUAUUCUGUUAAUAUUUUUAAGUCAUGCUUCGAAUAUUAUUCCACACUUUGUAGAAAAUACAAAAGUUUAGCAAUAAAAUUAAAUUAUUUCAUUGAUUUAAACAUAAAAUGUUGGUCUGUUAUUUCGGAAAUUGAGCAUAUAGUAUACCAAAUGUUCAAACAUGUUUUUCGCUUGCAUUUCCAUUUUGACUAUACAUUUCUAGGUCAAAAUGUUUCCUUUGGAAUGGUAAGUAACUUAUUAAAUGAAAAGUGGAGUUGAACUCAUUUUGCUGGCAAUGAAUUGGUUUUGUUUUCAAUCAGUUGUGUAUUUGAACAAUAAAUUGUGUGAUAUUUGGUUAAACAGUUAUAGAUAGCAUUAUUGCAUUUCAUUUCUUUUCCAUUAAUCUGUAUUCUCCAGUUUGAAACCAAAGUUUUACUUCAUUUUCUAAAAACAAUUCUAUUUCUUUCAAUGCAUUGUGCAUUGAGUUUGAUUCGAAAUAGACUACGUCAACAGCUUGAAUUUCAUAUUCAAUGAGAAGAUGCUGCACAUUUGACAUUGUACAUUUAUUCUAAAUCAGAUAUCAGUAAAGAAAAAAAUAGAUUUCAAAAUAAUGGAAAAAUCACGCAAAAGUUUUUCCAACAAAGAAUUCGCAUCAUUUCUCCGACAAAAAAACCGAAUGAAACUGGUAUAAAAACAAAUAUUUCGUGUUCGCCAGAAAAAAAUCAAUCGCAAUUCAAAGCCCAGUGGAAAUUAAAACUACGCAUUUUUUUAACUUGUUCGAGUGACUGUUGUCUAUGGUACUUUCUCGAAAGAAAUGUUUUUCCAUUGAUGGCGCAUUAUGUGUGCGUAGAAUGUGAAACGGUCGAACAGUAUAUAAGCGGUGCCGCAUCGAAAAUCGCGGCAGUUCAAUUCGAGUUCUGUAUCAAAACGUUUCGAUAUCAGUUAAAGGGUGUGAACAAAUAAUCAAUUCCAUACGUUAUUUCAGGUGUGAAAACGAGUAAGAGAUGUCACUUCUUCCAUAUAUUUUGGGUGAUUUUCUACCACCAAAACGAUAUAAUUCGAGUGCUGGAUCAUUACCGAGUCAUUUGAGCAUAUCGCCAAAAGAGUUGGAACUGAUUCAAUCAUUAAUUCGUUAUGGUCAAUUGAGACGACUAAUUGAUUUCAAUCGAUUGGCACCUAAAUCGCACAUUGGCAAAGAUGGUUUUGAAGUUCGUCUGAAUGUUGAAAAUUUUAGGCCCGAAGAAAUCACGAUAAAAACGGUCGAUGACUCAGUUAUAAUUGAAGCAAAAAAUGAGAGAAAGAAUGAUAACGAAUUGGUAUCAAGUCAUUGCCGUCGACGAUACGAAUUGCCCAGUGGAUUUCGACCGGAGGAAAUUACUGCAACGAUGUCAUCGGAUGGUGUUUUAACAGUUAAAUGCCCCAGAGCUUCAAUCGACAAAAACAACGUACGACAAAUCGAAGUCAAACAGACAGGACCAGCAAGGCAAAUCGAUGAUGUGGAUAAAAAAUCCGAACAACAAGAAAAAAAAGCUGAUCGCUGCCGAGUUUUCUAAACAUUUAAUAUUUUUAAGAAAAUGUGCUAUUUUCUAUUCACGCUUUUUUACUUUAAUUUUGUUUUAUUCCAUCAAAUUUAUUUUAUUAUUUCUGUGACAAUUUACGAGAGAAAUAAAGAAGAAAAUAUUUGUCAAAAGUAUUGUCUUUUUGAACGUCUUUUCUGAAGUUGAAUUUAACUUAAAACGUUUUUUACUGAGAACUUUUCAUUUGUAUCUGCAUCAAAUUUUUCUAUACUGUGGAAUCAUUCGUGAUCGCAUUUUCACAUGCAUCCCAUUUCUCAAUGCUUUGCUUAGACGGAGAAGAAGUGCGAAUCUUCAGUAGUAGCCAUCC